CACACUCCAUACAAAUGGCAUUUCCUUAACAAACAAAAAAACAUCACUGUAUAACGUUGCUCAAACCCCUUCUACCUAUAGCCAAAAACCUCUCAUUCAUUUCUUCUCUUUCUCUCUCUACAAUGCUAACAACAUAUUAAUCUCCUAUACGCUUUGUUUCUUACUCCAUUGUUACCGGAAAUAAUGGCGUUUUCCGGCAAUUUUUUUACUUCAAAAACACCCAUUCUAGGUCUUCAACUCUAUAUCGUGAUCGCCGCCACCAUUAUCAUUAUGGUUAUGAUACUUUUCCUCAUCUUUAUAUUUCUCAGAUUAAAUCGAACCUCAAAACAACGUCCUACCAUAAGUAAGAAGAAUAACACGUUGUUACCUUUAUCUGAUGUGAUUCGCGAAAACAAAACAACAACCGAUCUCAAUAAAAAAGAGGAUGAGACAAUUGCGAUACUACCGAAAGCAACUGAUCAAGAAGUAAUGGAGAUUGAGUCUGAGGGUAUAAAAGGAAGUUCAGGUAGUAAUGAAUCGAGUACUAGUCGAAGUGACACGUCAUCAUCGGCGAUCUCUGGUUCUAAUGAGUCGAAUAAUAUUGGGUGGGGUCGUUGGUAUAGUUUGAAAGAACUUGAGAUUGCGACUAAUGGAUUUCGUGCUGAGAAUGUGAUCGGAGAAGGUGGAUACGGUGUCGUCUUUCGAGGAGUAUUGCAAGAUAGUUCAGUCGUAGCUGUCAAGAAGCUUCUAAAUAACAAGGGUCAGGCAGAGAAGGAGUUCAAGGUGGAAGUUGAGGCCAUUGGCAAAGUGAGACACAAAAACCUUGCCGGUCUUCUUGGUUAUUGCUCAGAAGGUGCUCAUAGGAUACUAAUUUAUGAGUACAUUGACAAUGGCAAUUUGGAGCAAUGGCUACACGGUGAUGUAGGGCCUGUGAGUCCUCUAACCUGGGAGAUUAGGAUGAAAAUUGCAAUUGGAACUGCUCGAGGACUUGCCUAUUUGCACGAAGGUUUGGAACCCAAAGUUGUGCAUCGUGAUGUUAAAUCAAGUAAUAUUCUGUUGGAUAGGAAGUGGAAUCCAAAAGUAUCAGAUUUUGGACUUGCCAAGCUGCUUGGAUCUGAGAAAAGCUAUGUCACUACCCGUGUUAUGGGGACUUUUGGAUAUGUUUCUCCUGACUAUGCCAGUACUGGUAUGCUUAAUGAGGGGAGCGACGUGUAUAGUUUUGGUGUUAUGCUCAUGGAGAUAAUUACAGGAAGAAGUCCUGUUGACUAUUCAAGAGCCCCUGGAGAGAUGAACUUGGUCGAAUGGUUUAAAGGAAUGGUAGCAAAUCGGCGUGGUGAAGAAUUGGUCGACCCAUUGAUUGAAGUCCAUCCUCCUCCUAGAUCCCUAAAGCGGGUUUUGUUGAUCUGCCUUCGCUGCAUAGAUAUGGAUGCCAACAAGCGGCCAAAGAUGGGACAAAUAGUACAUAUGCUAGAGGCUGAUGAAUUUCCUUUCCGUUCAGAACCCCGACCAGUCCAGGAAGUAGAUCCUUUACCUCCACGUUCAGCCCGUACUAAUAGAGUUCAAGUAGCUGCUAAGGACGGGGCGGGUGAUGAUGAACAGAAACCUAGAGGGAGAUGAUUACCCUUUAUUUGGGAUGAAGAAUUAUACAGGGUAUUUUAGUAUGUAUAUUCUUUUGAAACAUUUCCGCUCAGUCCAAGUCUGUUGUUUCCUACAGUGUUAAUUUUGUAUCUCGAGCUGUGCUUAUUGCCAAUGUAGGCUCUAUUUUGGUCAAUUUUGUAUAUAAACAUAGUUACACUACAGAAUGUCCUUAUAUUGACUCGGAAAAAACAUUUGCAUUAUCUUAGUAUUUACAAACUAGUUUACUUAAGAA